UUCUCGUCUUUUUCUCGCGAGAAGACACAUAAAAUAUGGCGGCAAACACGGUCCCAGAACUUAUCAACUCUCUCUCAACUUCAGGGGAUAAGUUAUCUGAGCUAGAAAAAUUAAAAACAUUAUUAUCGUCGAUUCCUCCAUCAGAAGUAAAGCACCGUGUGGCCAAUGUGUCGAUUAUUCCUGUCUUCAACUGUUUACAAACAGAUAAUAAUGCUGAACUUGAAGUGUGCUGUAAUGUUCUGGACAAACUUCUUACACCUCUUAGUUCAGAAGUAUUGAUAGAAAAUUUAAGAGAGCAGUUCCAGCAGUGGCUCCAGCAUGGAACUCAAAAUGCUAAACUUUUGUGCCUUUCACAGCUUACUCGCAUUAGCAUGGAAUCUUCAGGGAGUUUAGCUCAGUGUCAAGAGUUGCUGGUCAGCAUAGCACAGCAGCUGCAAGAGGAGAACCAGGAUGUGGCACGUGCAGCCCAUAACAUCCUUGUCAAUCUAGGAGGUACUACUAAUGGACUAGAGGCUGUCUACAGUGGUGAAGUUUUGGACACGCUUCAUGAUGUCAUGCAGAAAAGUGAUACAGUGAGAUAUAGGGUUUAUCAGCUGAUUGUUGAAGUGAGCAAUCUCUCUGACGAGGCAUUCCAGAGUGUUGCUGGCUGUGGGCUUCUCUUGAAGUUGGUCAAUGAGAUAUUUGUGGAUGACAUUCUUCUUCAGCUGAACUGCCUGGAGCUUCUGUCAGAUCUAGCCCAGUCCAGGCAGGGACUGACUUUCAUGGAUGAGAUGGGUGUAAUUACCAAACUGGAAGAGAUGAUGUCUACUGCAGACUCUGCCCCUAUGGGAGUUUACCUGUUGCCAGGUGUGAUGAAAUUUUUUGGUGGGCUGGCACGGUUUCAUCCAAAAGAGGUGCUUAACAGUUUCCAGACUUUUGUUGGGAUCAUGUUCUCAGCAAUCAGUGAAUCAGACUCGGGGAUAAAGGGCUUGGCCAUUGAAACUGUUGGCUUCAUUGGCAGUACUGUAGAGGGCAAGGCAGCACUCUCUAAACAAGGCAACAAAAUGACAGACUGCAUAAGCAAUCUUGGAAGAAUUUUGAAAGACUCCCCCAGUGACAUGCGUGUUCGUUGUUUGGAUGCGCUAGCCAGCUUGAUGAGAAUUGAGAUUGCAGACCAAACAGUAGAGCUCUUGCAGGUCACAGAAGGCUGGUUUAGUCACUUGUGCGCCAACCCGUUUGACGUUAUCUGGUCUAUUGCGAAGCAGCCGUUCACUGACCUUCAGGUGGCAGCUUUCAGUGUCCUGCAGAGCCUUGCCCUUCUUCCCUGGGGCCAGCAAUUGAUGAACAACACUGCAGGCUUUAAAGAGUAUUUACUGGAUCGCAGCACUGUCAACACAAAAGAAGCAAAAGAAGCAAAGUUCCAAGUGGUGAAGAACUUGGCUGAGUCGCCAACAGUAGCAGAAAUUUUUGGUGCCCCAUUCUAUGUGCAAGUAAAGGAGUUUUGCAAUCAGGGAACAUUCUAUGUUCGAGCGCAGGCCGAAGUGGCAUUUGAGGAGACUUAAAGUGCCAAGAUUUGAGAAAGAUGUGACUUGUGGGACAUGAAAUGCCAGCUUUGUAAAUUAUUUUCCUGAAGAAUCUUCUCAAGAAAUGAUAUUGAGGAAUUAUAAGAUUGUACUCAAGUCAAAUGCACUGAUUGCAAUUCCUACAGUCAUAGUUAUAGCUUGAGUUUUUUUUAAAGUCAAUUCAUACACUGUUUUCUGUACUCCUAAAUCUCAAGUAAACCAUGAUGACUGUUUGCAAUCAAGAGUACAGUAAGAGUGAUACUCUUGUUCAUGAAAAAUCCAUCGCAAAAUUAUUGUUGGUGAGAAACACAGCUACCAUUGAUUUUAAUGGGAUCUGCAGUAUAUGCAAGGAAUUUAUCUGUGCUAGAAAAAAAAUGCUGCCAACUUCGUGCUCUUAAAGCAUUAUUGUUUAGAUUGUUAUUUGAAUUGUAUUGCAUUUUGAGCUGUUAUAAGGGAAUGUUUCAAAUAGAAGAUGAUAAAUAUA